AUGUCCAAAUCUGACGCAGUUUCUCGCUUGUUGGCAGAGAUUUCUGCCCAGCAAAGCCAAAAACAAGUUGUUCCAGAGCUUCCUUAUCCCACUUCUAGUGGCAUCAUCAACUUGAACGACCCUAAUCCAUCUUUGGGAACAUUCGUUCGUCUUUAUGAUCCUGCUUUCUCUUCCCAAGUAUACCAAGAUCCAUCGCCAGGAACUGCUCCUGUAAACCCAUCUACAUAUCAUCCACCAAACCCUUCUAGCUCCUUGAAAACUUCGUAUUCGUUCCCCGUCAAAAGCUGCUACGUAGGCAUGCUCAUUGGAAAACGCGGCGAAAAGCUCCAAAAAAUGGAAUCGGCCACAAAGACAAGAGUCCAAUUUAUGCCUGAAACUCCUUCGAAACCAGGCGAACGAACGGCUAUCAUUACCGGCCAAACCGAAAACAUUGAUAUGUGUCGCCGAGAAAUUUCGCAAAAAAUAAAGGAUUACCAAGAUGUACUUACAUCUACGGCAUUUCCGGCUUUAGCAUAUGCCACUGGCAGCAAUCCCAAUCCCACGUAUGAGACCCCUGAUCCAUUUGUUAUUCCUGAGCAUCACAUUGGGCUUGUUAUUGGGAAAGGCGGUGAAAAGAUCCGCGAUUUGCAAGAAGCAACAGAAACAAAGAUUAUAAUUAAUACUGAUACCGAUUUAAUGAACCCUUUGCGACCGGUUUCCUUCCAAGGGUCACCAGAUCGUGUUUCUAGAGCAAAGUCUAUCAUUCAAGAUAUUGUGGUACAGGAACAACUGAAAAUCAACUCUCUUUCAACUACCUUCAAUCCAAACAAAGUACACACGGAUGUAAUGGCUGUACCAAGAGAAUCUGUGGGAAUGAUUAUUGGGAGAGGCGGUGAGACCGUUCGUGAGAUCUAUGCAAAGACCAUGUGCCAGUUAAAAAUAUCUCCUGAUGGUGGUCCUUCUGUUCCUGAACGUGAAAUCACAUUUAUCGGAACUCCGUCAAGUGUGGAAUUGGCAAAAUGGGACGUUUUAGACCGAUUGGAGAGAGCCGGCGUGCCCCUUCGUCGCCUUGCUCAUCCACCCAUUCAUCCUGCCGCGUCUUUACCUCAAACGAUGCCUCCGACAAACGUUUCUGCAAUGCCCAUGCCUAUGCCGGAGCCAUACCCUGCUCCGUACGGAGAUUAUGAAAAUUACAUGAAAUCAUGGCAGCAGUAUCCUUCUAAUCCCAUGUACCCCAAGUAA